GACGUUUCUUCCUCCUCCCGCAAGUCGCGCAAGGCCCACUUCUCGGCCCCGUCGCACAUCCGCCGCCGCCUGAUGUCGGCUGGUCUGUCGAAGGACCUGCGCAAGAAGUACGAGGUUCGCUCGAUCCCCGUGCGCCGCGGUGACGAGGUCAUUGUGACCCGUGGCCAGUACAAGGGCCGUGAGGGCAAGGUCACCGCCGUGUACCGCAAGAAGUGGGUCAUCCACAUUGAGCGCCUCGUCCGCGAGAAGGUCAACGGUGCCUCGGUCCCCAUCCCCGUCCACCCCUCGAACGUCUCGGUCACCGCCCUGAAGAUCACCAAGGACCGUGAGGAGAUCCUGGCCCGCAAGGCCGCCGCUGGCAAGGCCCGUGCUGAGCGCCGCGCCUAA